UGACAAAUUGGGGACUUGGAAAAGAGAAAACCGAGAUGAAAUUCUACGUCAUCACAAUGACAUGAGGAGAAAAGUAAAUUCUUCAAUCAGUGACAUGGUUUGGAAUGACAAAGCUGCCCGAAAUGCUAAAAAGGUUGCAAGUACAUGCAGUGAAAAGCCCAGUGAUCCAUCCAAACGGGUAAUAAAAAAGCCAUUUCUCACUUUUUGUGGGGAAAACAUCCACCUCUCUACUACACAAGAUUCAUGGGCAGAAACGAUCAAUGACUGGAAUAAUAGCCAAGAAUAUUUUAAGCCUGGAUUUGAAGGAAAAAGCACAAUUGGAGACUUCAAUCCGGUAAUUUUGGAAUUACUAGCAACUUCUGAACAGUUAGUGAGAUAGUAUUGUUAAGGUCAGAAGGCUAAAAUUAUCUAGAAGGUCUGACCUCUAGUCUAAACCACUGCAAAGACCACCAUGAACCUGGGC